AUGGGACAAAAAUUCAGUCGAUUCCGUCGUCAAAAAAAAAUUAAGGGUAAAAUCUGCUCUGAAUGUCGAAAACCAACUUUGACUACGUAUUGGAAUUGGUGUCAAAAUUGUAAUUCCUCUCAUUUUCGUGAUAACUUUCCAAAUUGGACUAGUGAUAAUCCUUCUCUAGAUCAAUUAAUUCAAGAAUCUCAAUUACAAGCUGAAUAUAGUGAACAAAUCAUAGAAUGGAUACCUUACGAAAAGUUUACUAAUAUUAAAUUUGUGGCUCAAGGUGGAUUCGGUGAAGUAUUUUAUGCAAUUUGGGAAGAAGGUCAAAUUUAUAAUUGGGAUGUGAAUAUAAAUAAUUGGAAACGAAGAGGGGCACAUUCUGUCGCUUUAAAAAGGUUGAAAAAAUCUGAAUUUAUUUCUGAAAAUUUUUUGAACGAGUUAAAAUCAUUACACUCAAUUACUCGUCUAAAAAUCUCUUUCGAAGUAGCUCAUUGUUUUGGUAUAAGUAAGGAUCCAAAAACUGAUGAAUAUAUAAUGGUAAUGUCAUUUGCUGAAAAUGGUGGCCUUCGAAAUUACCUAAGAAAUAAUAAUUUAAAUAUAGAUUGGCCAACUCGUAUCAGUUUUUUAUUAAAAAUUAUUCAAGGUCUUGAUACAAUUCAUAGUGCUGGUUUAAUACAUGGUGAUUUUCAUAGUGGUAAUAUAUUAAUGGGAAAAAAAUAUCCAUUAAUUUCUGAUUUUGGAUUAAGUCGUUUAGUUAAUAGUAAACAAACUGAUGAUGAAUCAUCAAUAUCAGAUAAUCUUCGUCCUUCUUUAAUUAAUGUUAAAUAUCCUAAAUGUUGGAUCAAUUUAAUGAAAAAAUGUUGGAACUCUGAUCCUGCAAAACGACCAACUUCUAAUGAAUUAAAUUCUAUAUUGGAUAAGUGGUACUCAUUGACAUGUACCAAUAUUAUGACUAAUAGAGUUGAUUUGGAAAUUUUAAAAGAUUUUAGAGAUGCCGAAAAUGUGAGAAUUGGAUUAAUAGAGACGAAUCAUGAUGGGAUGUUAGAAACUGGUGAAUUUAAUAGACAUAAAGAUGCGGUUUAUACUAGUAGAUUAAUUCCUACAAUGGCUCUUGUGCAAAACUUGGAAAAUAAAAUGAAGAAAGAAGAUGUUGAAG